UCAUCAGCAGUAGACGGACUCGGCCGCUGUGUUUGUGAGGAGACGAACCGGAGAGGACCGCUGAUCUUCAUCCAUGGCGUCUCCGCUCAAAGUGUGUAUAGUCGGCUCCGGAAACUGGGGCUCGGCCAUCGCCAGGAUUAUUGGCGAUAACGCCAGGUCCCUGCAGAGUUUUGCCACCACAGUGAAGAUGUGGGUGUUUGAAGAAAACAUUAAUGGCAGGAAGCUCACUGACAUCAUCAACACGGAACAUGAAAACAUCAAGUACCUGCCUGGAUAUAAACUGCCAGAGAAUGUGGUAGCUGUCCCGAAGCUCUGUGAUGCUGCAGAGGGAGCUGACCUGCUGGUGUUUGUUGUCCCUCACCAGUUCAUCAGGAAGCUCUGUGACGAGAUGGUUGGCUGCGUCUCCACCAGAGCUCGAGGAAUCACACUCAUCAAGGGGAUAGAUGAAGGCCCCGAGGGUCUGAAGCUGAUCUCCGACAUCAUUCGAGAGAAGAUGGGGAUUGAUGUCAGUGUUCUCAUGGGAGCAAACAUCGCCAAUGAAGUAGCAGCUGAGAAAUUCUGUGAAACCACAAUUGGCAGUAGGAUCAUGGAGAACGGUCUGCUGUUCAAAGAGCUGCUGCAGACUCCAAACUUCAGGAUCACAGUGGUGGAUGAUGCUGAUACAGUGGAGCUGUGUGGAGCACUGAAGAACAUCGUUGCAGUGGGUGCAGGCUUCUGUGAUGGGUUGCGGUGCGGUGACAACACCAAGGCCGCUGUGAUUCGUCUGGGGCUGAUGGAGAUGAUCGCCUUCGCUAAACUCUUCUCCAAGAACGACUCUGUUUCUACGGCAACUUUUCUAGAAAGCUGCGGCGUGGCCGACCUCAUCACUACAUGCUAUGGCGGCCGCAACCGGAGAGUGGCAGAGGCCUUUGCUAAAACAGGAAAGAGCAUUGAGGAGCUGGAGCAGGAGAUGUUGAACGGUCAGAAGCUCCAGGGUCCUGCCACAUCAGCUGAGGUUUAUCACAUCCUCAAACAGAAGAGCCUGGUGGACAAGUUCCCUCUCUUCACAGCAGUCUAUCAGAUUUGUUUUGAGGGCAGGCCGGUCCGAGAGAUGAUCUCCUGCCUGCAGAGCCACCCGGAGCACAUGUGACCACCGGGUGGGUUUCACAGGGGGCUGGGGAACAGAUCCAUUUAACGUGUUUGCACCAAGAUCAGUUUAACACUAAGUGUCUCAGCAUGUGAAAGAUAAAGACCAUUAUCAAUUCAAGUAAAACUAAUAUAGACCAAAAGAAACCAAAAAACAGAGUUGCCAUAUUCCCAACAGUAUUUUAUCUCAGUCUCAAAUGCAGGGAAACAGGUCUGCUAGACACGACCUUCUCCUAGUUUACACGGAAAUGAAGAGAAAUUAAAAGCAACACAUACUCCCAACACAAACAACGCAAACAGACAAUUACAAUGAUUUACAACUGAUUCCCAUUAGCACUCAAACCAGUUAAAUUGAUAAUGUGUCUAUAUCAAUUUGAAUUUUGAACAGGGCUGUUUUAAGACAUUAAAACAGCUGUGUGUUGUUGUGUGUUAUCUGAUCUGCUCUAGAAUCACGAUACACCUGCCUCUGCCUUUUUCUGGCCGCUGUUGUCACAUAGCUGCCGCAGUCCUGGCACGGUGCUCCUCAGACACUAAACAUACAAUCUUACAUUACAUUACAUUACGUAUCAUUCAUAUCACACGAGAUGUUUUGACCGUCCUCUUUUAUUAUACUUAAACCAACCAGCAGCAUUUUGUGGUGAAAUAGCACAAAUCAUGAAGUUAUUGACAAAUCCAUUUAAAGGUUUCACUUUCCCAGUCUUGAUAUUAGUUAUAUGAAGAUUGUACUCAUCAUGUUAAAGGAAGUUUCUGGCGUUUUUAUUCACGACUCAUCACCUCUACCAAGGACGUUAUGGUUAUUGAUGUUUGUCUCAAUUUCUUUUGGCAGAAACUCGACUGAUUUUAUUGAAACUUGAUGGAAGGUUGGGGUAUGGUCCAAGGAAAAACACAUUAACCUCUGGCAGAUGCAGGAUUUUUUUUUUUUACUGUCUUUAACAUUAAGAGCAUGCGAUCUCUGAGUGCCCUUCUUGUGAUUUCAUUGAAGUCGAUUUAUUCGUCUGUCUUUUUGCAUGAUUAUUCAAAAAGUACUAAAUAAAAUAAAAUUUUAGUGGAGGGGUGGGGCAUGCCCGAAGAAAGAAUCCAUCAAAUUUAGAAGACUUUCUUUUACAUGCUGAGAUUAGCUGUUAGCCUUGGAAGAGGUGUGUGCUCUCUGAGUGCACUUUUAGUUCUUAUAAUUGUGACCAUAUCAUAGUGUCCUGAAGAGAACACAUUUUACAUAAAUUGUUUUAAAAGUUUGUAAAUGAACUAUCUUUUAUACAGUGUUUUUCUAGUCUUAACGACCUCUCAAAACACUUUUAUCAUGUAUACAACUUGCAGAGCCAGUGUCAGAGCCCAAGGACAUUUCAGCAUUCAAGAAAAGGAGCCAGGAAUCAAACUCUCAGUCCUCUGAAUGCGCCUGAUUAGUUAGUCAUCAAGAUCCAGGUAUUAUUUCCUGGGAAAUGAAUGCGGUCUUCCUUGGCUCAUCCCCCACCCUUCCACCAAGUUUCAAUAAAAUAGUUUUUCGUAGUUUUUUUGUAAGCCUGAAGUCAAACAGGGAACUGGCAAUGGGACGGAGGUAAUUAAUAACAUCAACAAAAGCUGCAUUCCAGAACUAGAGUGUUUCUCUUGAAAGCUAAUCUAUAUUACGACAUCAGGUUUCUCUAGUUUUCCUCAGGUCUGUUUCAGAUCCGAGUUAGUAGAUCCAUAGUUUUGGCCUUUGGGGAUCAGUGACUGCAGCUAGGUCACUGAAAAGAGGUCAAACAUACCAAGAAACAUGAACAUCUGAUGAUCUUACAUUCUGUAGUCAGAUAGUCUGGAUAUAAAUCAGGUUACUCUGGAAAUAAACCAGUUCUCCUCUGCAGCAAGGAAUUGUGAGCAACAUUUAUAUAAACUCACUUUCUGUGUGUUUUCAGCUAGAUUAAUUAUCUGCUAGUGUUUCUUGACCUGUCGUGCUUCAUUCUAGUGAUGUUCCAACUAUUAACAUGGUGAGACCAAUAUUAUCAGAAGUGACUUAGUCCCAUUCAUUCAUAAACAGGAACUGGUCAGUGUAGCUGUUUACCUUUCAUACAUGAACAACAGAGCAGG